GCAAUCUUUGUGGCAAGGAGAACUAGACAGUAACAAGGAAUCCCUGUGCCAUAACAACUAGACAUUCAGAUACCUCCUCUCCUUAUAGCAAAAUUGGAUACCCUUCCCUACCUGACUUGUACCUGAUCCUUGCUGGCCAGCUGCAGCUUCCCUCAGCCUCCUCUACAGCCCUAGCUUUAGGACUAGGAGGUACAUGGGGCAAGCUGCAGCUUCUGCUAUUAGUAAGGAUUGGAAAAGGUGACCACAGUGAGGCGCCUCCUUGCGUUUGCCUCCUGCCUCUAGUAAUUCAAAACCCUACUUGAGGCGUGGGCAAGGCCACUUCUUCCAAAGGAGGCAGAGCAGGUCAGGUCUGGAAGGACCAGCUUUUUCUGCUGUACCACUUUCUAGAUGCCCUGACUCCAUCCUGGAAGCAAAUCCUUUUCAACCUUUUCAGCUGGCUUGUAGCUAGGACUGCCACUGCUGAACAGGUGUUAAGGCACUAAGAGGCUGCUGGGGGAGGCAGUGGUAGGUAAUUAGCCAAACAGGAGGCAAUAUGGUUUAGUGGUUAAGAAACAACUGAGUCCAAAACUUGCUUCUGCUACUUCCUGGCUGUGGCUUAUAUGAGUGACUAGCUCUUUCAGGCCUCAGUUCCUCCAUCUUAAAACCUGGUAGGUUUUAAGGAUCAAAUAAGGAAAGGAGCCUAAAAUGCUUCAUGACACCUAACAAAAGAUAGAUGUGCUAAUAAACAUCCAAUUUGCACACUCAGGAACAGAACAGAAACAGCCUGGAAGUUAUUCCUUGCCUCCAGUAUGGAAGCAAAACCCAACAAUAGAGAGAGCUUUUUUGAGAUGACCCUCUGGCUGACUGUAGCCAAUGGGUGAUGGUCUGUCAGCCAUCAGCUCAGGAACUUCAUCUUUAGCUAGACCAGGUCCCUGGUCCUAGUUUACCCACUUCUCUUCAGCAGGAAAAGGGAGGAGGAAAUUGUCAUCUUAGCUGAAGCCUCUAACACUGACAAACUGUUUCUCUAGGGUUGGCCUGUUACUUCAAGAUCAACUCCAGCCUGUCUUCCAUUCUGAGGAAUUCCUCUCUUUCCCAUCCAGGAAAAGCAAAAGAGCCAAAGGAUCUCGGGAGACAGGAUAGGGGCCAAGGAGGUGUGGCUCAGGCUGGGCCAAGGCCCUCACCCACUCCCCAAGGAACAAAGAAAAGGAGGCUGGGAGGGGCUCACUGAGCCCCUACCCCAAGGUAAGUUUUUCCUUGGGCAGCCCACCAGGGUCCUAGAUCUGCCAUCCAAUCCUGUGUUGACCUGGGGAUGGGGGGGGGGGGGUAGGGAACCUCCUAUCUUAUCGCUUUGGGGGAGUACCUGCUUUUAUUAAACCUCAGUCUCCCUCAGAGCCUAGAAAUGUGUGUUGGCUGUUACUGUCCAAUCUCGUCCCCACAACCUAAAGCCAUGAAGGUAGAGCAGUUGACAGAAGAGCAGAAAAAUGAGUUUAAGGCUGCCUUUGACAUCUUUGUGCUGGGCGCUGAGGAUGGCUGCAUCAGCACCAAGGAGCUGGGCAAGGUGAUGAGGAUGCUGGGCCAGAACCCCACGCCAGAGGAGCUGCAGGAGAUGAUCGAUGAAGUGGACGAGGAUGGCAGCGGCACAGUGGACUUUGAUGAGUUCCUAGUCAUGAUGGUUCGGUGCAUGAAGGACGACAGCAAAGGGAAAUCUGAGGAGGAACUGUCAGACCUCUUCCGCAUGUUCGACAGGAAUGCUGAUGGCUACAUUGAUCUGGAGGAACUGAAGAUGAUGUUGCAGGCUACAGGUGAGAUCACAGAAGAUGACAUUGAGGAGCUUAUGAAGGAUGGAGACAAGAACAAUGAUGGCCGCAUAGACUAUGAUGAAUUCCUGGAGUUCAUGAAGGGUGUGGAGUAAGAUGCUGACCUUUGCCCAAAGCUGCCCAUGCCCAUCUUCCCACUCCAGACAGGCUCUGGAUUGGGGCAGGAGGGCCAGACUCUCUAGGCCCUGAGCCUGGCUGUGUCCUUGACCCCUGGCCCUCCUUACCCCCUCCUCACCCUUGUCCUGGAGAGUGCAAUAAAGCCAUGUUCCUUGGA